AUGUUUCGCACUGGAUUACUUGUGAAGUUCGGUAUUGUUCGUAUAACUGGUUCCUGCUCAUUGGUUCAAACUUCCGUAAAACGGUGUUCUACCUCAGCAAAUCCGUCUUUAAAGCAGACCAAAGCUGAAGAGCAGUUAUUAAACGAACCGGCUUGGGUCAAAACUGCUCUUGAUAAACAAAUUUCGUCGGCAACUGAUGCCAAAUCAUUGUUGUUGGCUAUUAAAGACCCAACUUUUAAUGGGAAAUGUGCCAUCAAUGUGAUGAAUAUCCUCAGUCGAUGGGUGUCAGAAGGCAGGUUCACUUCGUCAGAUUUUGAGAAAUUGGAUGAUAAAAAGAAAUUAGAAGAUCUUAUUGUCCAAGGUAACUUUCAAGUAGGGAUGUUUGCCAUUCUGCAGGCUCUAAAAAGUGUGUUGGUGCUAGGGUUCAGCCCUAGUUCAAAUACUGUUAUAUCUCUUGAAAAUGAAAUUCUCUGGAAUUUGAGAAAGCGAAGUGUGUCUCAACACUUUUCAGUUCUCUAUUUCUAUGAUGACAUUAAAGACACAGCUAUGCAUACAAAAGUUGUGGCAAACAUAGUAUCCAAUAUUGAAAGACGGUGGGUUGAAAUUGUUGAAGUCAAAGAUUUUGUUUCCUUGUUGAAACAUGCCAACCAUUUCAAUACAAAAUUCAUUGACAAAAUGGAAGAUGUCCUGGUUGAGUUGAUAGAAGGCUACAACCAAGAAGAUCAAACAAAGAUCCUGACCGUACUGGGUGCUACUCAGAGGAGAUCGACUCCAUUGUUACGUGCUCUUUCUUAUCACCUUAACAAGAGUUCCGAUAAAUUUUCUAUUCACCUCUCCUCCGAUAUCCUUUUUGCCCUACACCGCCUUUCUUUUCACGAUCAGGUGUUGAUUGAGCGUAUAUGCGAUGAUGUUGUAACCCAGCUUAAUUCUGAAGUGAAGUCAUCUUUGGUAGGAUCUCUACUCACUAGCCUUGGUCAACUCAAAUAUCGACAUGAAGGUUGUUUGGACGCUAUCUGUGAUUGGAUUAAUCAUAAUUGGACCAAUGUUCGUUAUCAGGACAUCCUCUCGCUGACUUUGUGUCUCGCAGCUUUAGAUUUCCUACCAUCAAACUGGGAACCACUUUGGGAGAAAAUGUCAAGUCUACUAAAAGAUAAAAAGGCAUUUUCUGGUUUGAAUAAAUCUGUUCAAUUGGAUUUGGUGUGGUCCUUGGCCAUACUUAAUCAUUUAGAUUCCGAAUUGUGUCAAUCAGUGUUGAAUGACGUAUUUAUUCACGAAAUAUUUGUGUCUGCUUCAUCGAACAACAAAGGAAUUCAAAUGAAAAUCAACCAGAUCUGGGCAAUGGCCAUCUUGAAGAAAUGGAAACUGAGUGGUUUAACAACGAGCUUGCCUUUCAGAUUUCCCGUGGUUCCGCUAAACAGUCCCAAAUCUACUUUGAAUCAAAAAAUUCUCAAUACGCUGUCGAAUUUCAUUCCAGCCGAGAAACACUUUCGCACAGGCCAAACUGAUCUAGGUAUCGAAGUGGAUGCCGAGUUCAUUAUGAACGACAAGGGAAUUCCGUUACCUUUGGCUGACUAUAUUGGGAAGGCAUUACCGGACAAUAGCAAAAGGGUUGCGGUAAUAGUGCUUAACUACAAUCAUUUGUGCAAAGGAAAGUCUUUCAGUACAGGACCUCAAGGAUUGCGUGAGAGACUUCUUACCCAGUCAGGCUAUCGAGUGGUCACAGUCAAACACACAGAGUUCGACCCUAAAGCUGAUCUAGUUAAAAAUGUCAAAUACCUACAGAAUUUAAUUAACAAUGCAAUGGCAGCCGCAAGGAAUUAAACAUGUAAAACGCGUUUGUAGUAUAACAGUUUUGAAUGAAUACAGUGUUGGCCUUGUA